AUCACAGACCUAUAUUAAUUUUUUCGGAGAAAAAAACUCUCUUCUUAUUCAUUUCUCCGUUUUCCACUUUCCCGGCAAUACGAACGCACCGAAUAAAACCCUAAUCGCGGUUGUUGCGAUAGCAAGACCAAAGCCCUAGCGCAGCGUCUCUCUCAGAUUUACAUCAGAAUUAUCCAUUUUUACAAACGAUAUCAGCGUUCAUUUGCUCUCCUACAACUUCUUUCUUUAAAAACUUGAUUUUUCUCGUCAAUGGCGGAGGCUCGGAACGGCGAUCGGAGCGAGGAAACUGAUUACACCUCGGAGGACGAAGGGACCGAGGAUUACAGGCGAGGAGGGUAUCACGCGGUCCGUGUUGGGGAUACUUUUAAGAAUGGAUGCUAUGUUGUUCAAAGCAAGCUCGGUUGGGGUCAUUUUUCCACUGUGUGGUUAGCUUGGGACACUCAUAAAUCGCGUUAUGUAGCUUUGAAAGUUCAAAAGAGCGCUCAGCAUUAUACUGAAGCUGCGUUGGAUGAGAUUAAGAUUCUUAAGCAGAUAGCAGAGGGAGAUAUAGAAGACAAGAAGUGUGUGGUGAAGCUUUUGGAUCAUUUUAAGCAUUCUGGCCCAAACGGGCAGCAUGUUUGUAUGGUUUUUGAGUACCUUGGGGACAACUUAUUGACUCUUAUUAAGUAUGCUGAUUACAGAGGGAUUCCUCUACACAUGGUGAAGGAAAUUUGUUUUCAUAUUUUAGUGGGCUUAGAUUACUUGCACAGCAAACUUUCAAUUAUACAUACAGAUUUAAAGCCAGAGAAUGUAUUGCUUCCUUCUAUGAUUGAUCCAUCUAAAGAUCCUAGAAAAUCAGGAAAUCCUCUCAUCCUUCCAAACAGUAAGAAUAAAACUUCAACUAGUUCUGAUGCUUCAAAUGAUGUUAAGAGCUACAAUGGGGAUCUUACCAAGAACCAGAAAAAGAAGAUAAGGAAACGAGCUAAGAAGGCAGCCCAGGGGCGUUUGGAGAAGGAAACUGUUGAAGAAGAUAUAGAUGAAGAAGACUCUACAAGAGCUGGCACAGAAGAUUUUGAUAAUGUGGCUAAAUUAAAUGGGGGUACAACCAAAACACGUAAAGAUAGUCCUGUGAAUGAUGCUGAUGAUUUAAAGGAUGCUAGCCAAGGGAAGAAAAGCCAGAGGAGAAUGUGCCGAGAAACAAGGCGGAGACUGCUGGCAGCUGCUGAUCUUAGGUGCAAGCUGGUUGAUUUUGGGAAUGCAUGUUGGACAUACAAGCAAUUCACUAAUGAUAUUCAGACACGGCAAUAUAGGUGUCCUGAGGUUAUUCUUGGAUCCAAAUAUUCGACUCCAGCAGAUAUGUGGUCAUUUGCGUGCAUUUGUUUUGAGUUGGCCACUGGUGAUGUUCUUUUUGAUCCACACAGUGGUGACAACUAUGAAAGGGAUGAGGACCAUUUAGCAUUGAUGAUGGAGCUUCUUGGAGUGAUGCCUCGCAAGAUUGCAUUAGGUGGUCGCUAUUCAAGGGACUACUUCAACAGAUAUGGAGAGUUGAGGCAUAUUCGUCAGUUGCGGUUUUGGCCUCUUAACAAGGUGUUGAUUGAGAAGUAUGAUUUCAGCGAGCAAGAUGCUAAUGACAUGGCUGACUUUCUUACUCCUUUAUUGGAUUUUGCACCUGAAAAGAGACCAACAGCUGUACAAUGUCUUGGCCAUCCGUGGUUGAGCUCUGUCCCAAGAAUUCUUGAAUCUUCUGUAUCAAGCCAUCAAAAUCAGCCCAUAGAUCAAAACACUUCUACAAAAAUAAGCGAGAAGAAUGAGAGAGAAGCCAUGGAGAUCGGAAUUGGAAACAUAGUUAUUGAUGGAACUUCAAAAUCAACGUCAUCGAAACAGACAUGACUAGAGAUGUAAUGUAUGACGUUUCAGGUUAUUUGUCUCGUGCAAUGUAAUUCUGGUUUGCAGGUCAGGUUUCUGUUGGAGUUGGAAGCAUUCAUGAUCCACAUUGAUUCAGCAUUGUCCUACAUGCUAAAGAAAUGGUAUUUUUGCUUUGAGAGAGUAGACCAGCUUUCGUAGGCCCUUCUCGAGUGAUUUCGAACAACUGAAUGUUUUGAGCAUUUGUUGGUUUGACAGAGGGUGCCUUCGAGUAUGCCUUUGCUUAUCUUUUGCAACUCCCAUCUCAGUGUUUCUAGGUCUCUCUGGGUCAGAACUACUUCCUGAAACCUUGAACAGAUUUAAAAUGUAAAUCUUUUUGGUGCUAGAUUCUUGCCAUUUUUGGUUUGUAGUAAAAGUUGGCCAUUACCUCUU